UCUAAAAUUCGAGUGGCUAAAACUAAAAGUUUGAGGGACAAUUCUACGAACAGGCUUCAUUGCUGAUGUUGAAUCACUUGGGAACACGCUCUCUGCUAUCUUCAUAUUCAACCCCUGUGUUUGCUUUUGCUUCAAGGCAAACUGUUCCUCCAAACAGGCUCAAUAAUAGUACAAAUUACAGCUUUCAAGCUCAGAAUUUGAACCAAGUACGAGUUCUGAGCACUCCCUGCGCUGCAAGGCGCAGAGUGAGAUAUGAAGAGGAUGAGGAGGAGGAAGAUGAUGGUGAAGAGUAUGGGCAUAACGAGGAGAUAGCAAUGCUGGAGAUGUACAGUCAGAAUGCCAGAGGAGAAGCACUUAUUGUCCACGCAAUUGUGGAUCAACAAGAUGUGGAAGUGCUUAUCUUCAAGGGAUUCUCGUCAUGCUUGAACUAUAGGACUUCACCAGACCCAUCAAAAAGUAUCCUCCCAGCUAGAGCAGUGAUAAAGUCUUUAGACAGAGUGAAAGGACCUUUUGACCCUUCCAAUAUUGAGUACCUUCAGAAAGGCCUAACCUGGGAAGCAUUUAAAACCAAUCUCCUUCUCAAUUAGAAUUAAAGCUAUUUAAUUUAUUUUUAUUAGUCUCAUAUUUCACCAAGAGCUGCAGCAAGAUGAUUCAAUCUCAUUAUUCAAUUUAUUUUCAUCUGGCAAAAAUACCAUGCAAAGUUAAUAGUGGGCUGAUAGCUUUAAUACGAAUUGCAUUUUGCAUGUAAAACUUAAUAUAAACACAUUCACACUUGCACAAACAUAUAUAUAUAUAUAUAUACAUGAUUUUCAUCUA